AUGGGCUGCGCUGGUGGACCUUGUGAGCCGGGAGAUGACUGUAAAAACAGGGAUGUCUAUGAUAAAACAGCAAAGUCUGUUCCUGUCACAUUGAAAGCUGGAACCAAAGAGGUCUUUUUUGUGGGCAGUCAAAUCAGCACAAUUCCCAAAGGAGCGUUUGCCACCAAUCCUCAGCUUGAGAAGAUCGAGUUCCUUGGUACCAUAACAGAUUCCAUUGAGACUGGAGCAUUUGAGGGAUUAAAUAACAUUAAGAUCAUUGAGAUAUCUAGUACACCGCUGGAGUCAGUUACCGUUGGAGUCUUUCAGGAUUUGAGCAGCCUUGAAACUCUGGUCCUAAAAAACAACAAAAUCCAGAAUUUAGAGAAGGGUUUAUUUGAUGGUCUUGAGAAACUCAGAGAACUACAGCUGCACAUUAAUGAGAUUGUCUCCAUUGAGGAAGGGACAUUUGAUCAGCUAGAAAAUCUUCAGACUCUUCAUCUGGCAAAGAAUAAUCUUAGCUCCAUUUCAUCAUCUCUCCUUUCAAAAUUGAAGAAGCUCAAAACAAUCAGAUUGUAUGAAAAUGAAUUAACAUCCCUACCUGAUGGAUUAUUUGACAAUCUACAAGGUCUUACAGAGAUUGCUUUAUAUAACAACAAAAUAUCAUAUAUACAGCCACAAUUAAUUCAGAAUAAAGACAAAUUAGAAAAGUUACUUCUAAACAACAACCUCUUAACAGAGCUGCCACCGCAGAUGUUUGUCAACUUUCCAUUACUUAAAUCAUUAACACUGCAGAGUAAUCUAUUAACACAUCUCCCCCCAAACGUAUUUGGAGAAAAGCCUAAACUUACAGAAUUAAGCUUGAAGACCAACAAACUCACCUCACUUCCUCCAGGAGGCUUGAAAGGCCUUUCAAAGCUGCGUAAAUUGGAUCUGUCUGAGAAUCAGUUUGAAACUGUGGCAGGGGAGUUUUUUGAUGGUCUGGAGAAGGUCACAGACCUUAAUCUUCAGAAAAAUGUUAUUAAAUCCCUUACAUCAGACAAUUUUGAGAAACUUAAAUCUCUAACAACCCUAAGGCUUUCUAAAAAUGAACUGAAAUGGCUUCCAGAUGAUGUUUUCAGUUCUUUACCAAAAUUGAGUAAAUUAUACCUGGAUGGCAAUCCUUGGUAUUGUGACUGUAACCUAAUACCCUUAUACAACUGGAUGAAAUCACAUGAAAAGAUCUUAAAAUCUCCACCACUAUGUGCCUCACCUGAGUCUUUGAAAGACAGAGAGAUCAUCAGUCUAGAAGAGAGUGACUUCAUAUGCCCCACUACGCUGCCAACCACAACAACCUUACAUACCACUACCACACCUGUGCCUACAACAGCCUUACAAACCACUACUACACCUGUGCCAACCACUACCACACCUGUGCCCACAACAACCUUACAAACCACUACCACACCUGUGCCUACAACAACCUUACAAACCACUACCACACCUGUGCCUACAACAACCUUACAAACCACUACUACACCUGUGCCAACCACUACCACACCUGUGUCAACAACAGCCUUACAAACCACUACCACACCUGUACCUACAACAACCUUACAAACCACUACCACACCUGUGCCAACCACUACCACACCUGUGCCUACUACAACACAGACUACAACACUGCCAACCACAAAAGCUACAACUACAUUACCAGUAACUACGACAGAACUGCCAACAACAACAUUACCUACAACUACACUAGCUACAACACUGUUGAUGACAACUCUACCAACAACUGCAGAAACAACCACAACAGCAAGAACCACAACAACAGAGGCUACCACCUCACUAAUUACAACAACUCUGCCAACCACUACAUUGGCACCUACAACACCAACAACCACAGCACUACCAACUACUACUACGGCUGCUACCACAACCGAAAUGACUACCACUCUGAUAACCACUACACCACCCUCAACAACAUGUGAACUCACUACAACAGCUCUGACCACUGAUCUGACCACAACCUUACCAACAACAAUCAGCGCUACAACUACCCUUCAAACAACCCCCAAGACCACACCUACUACCACAUCCCUUCAAACAACCUCUCAGAUGGAAACCACUCGGUCACCAACCACCCCAACCCAUUUCACCUGUGUCAGCACCCAUUAUCCUGAACAGCAAGGGCAGCGACUGUACAACAGGGUAAAACUAACCCGCUUCGCUUACAGCAAAGAAGUCAUCCUAAGGCCAGUACAAGAAGUUGAGACUGUUGCUCUGUGAGGCACCUCUAUUCCAGUCCUCACUAUUAUUGAAAGACCUAUAGGACACUCAUUUCAAAAUAUUUUGCACCAUUCUGGGGUUGCUAUUCAUAAGCUUUACAUUAAGCAUUACAUGAAGUUAUGUACAGUUGUAUUCAUUCAAGAGAAGGUAAAUUAUGCUGAUGGACUGUUAUGCUAUGCAUUGUGUGAUAUGGCAUGUAUUACCCUUGCACAACUGGACCGUUUCACUUCUGAUAUAGGGGUGAGGAAUAGUCACUCAACCUGGCUCACAAUGUAGUUUUGUAGUUUACUUGCUGUGGGAAGACGCUUUCAUAUUCUGCAUGAGGUGCUGUAUUCUUGACAAGAAAAUGAUUGCUGCAGGCCUUAAGCAACACAAAUACAGUGUUUGGAUCAUUCAAAUCUUUUAAAACUUGAACCAUGGAUUUUGGAAUACAGAUUCCUCUUAAUAUUAAUAAUAAUAAUAAUAAUAAUAAAACUUUAUUGAUAUAGCACCUUUCAUGCAAAAGAAUGCAGCUCAAAGUGCUUUACAG